UACAAUAGUGUGUAUUUCAAUGCAGGAGCAGGAUAGCGUGUUAACCACCUCAUAACUCAGUUUAAUUGAAUAUGGUCACUGGAAUAUGCUAACUAAUGGAUCCCGCUACAGCCGCAGCUCCGAUACAGAACGACUGUGAGACAGAGUCUAGUUCAGUCUGGAGCUGGUGGCCCUCCUGGCGUCCGACCUCCAUGUCCCUUUUGAAGACUACAGAGUCCAAGAUUCUUGCUCGUAUUCAGAAUGACCUGUGGGCCAGGUUUGUGACCCUGCCAAACCAGGAUCGCAUAUGGACUCUGACCGUCACCAACAAGACGAUGCGCAAACCUGCAGAACAAGCUCCAAAGACUCCCCUGGUGAUGGUCCACGGCUUUGGAGGAGGGGUAGGCCUGUGGAUCAGGAACCUCGAGACGCUGAGUCGGUCGCGGCCCGUUUACGCCUUUGACCUGCUGGGCUUUGGCAGGAGCUCCAGGCCCCCCUUCCCCUCAGAUGCUGCCAAGGCAGAGGAGCAGUUUGUCAGCUCUAUUGAGCAGUGGAGGCAGUCUGUGGGCCUGGAGAACAUGAUUCUGCUGGGACACAGUCUGGGGGGGUACCUGGCUGCCUCCUAUGCCAUCCAGUACCCUUCUAGAGUGUCGCAUCUUAUCCUAGUAGACCCCUGGGGUUUCCCUGAGCGACCCCAGACACAGACCGAAGAGGGUCAGGGUCAGGGGACAGAGGUGGUGAAGAGGCCGCCCCCUCCACGCUGGAUAAAAGCUAUUGCAGCAGUGGUUUCCCUCUUCAACCCACUGGCUGUGAUCAGAGCAGCAGGACCGUGGGGUCCAGGCUUGGUGAACAGAUUCCGUCCCGAUUUCAAAAGGAAAUUCGAAGAUCUGUUUGACGAUGACACCAUGACGCAGUACAUCUACCACUGUAAUGCACAGACCCCGAGUGGUGAGGUGGGUUUCCGGGCCAUGUCAGAGUCUCUAGGCUGGGCUAAGAGGCCCAUGCUGCAGCGGAUUCACCUCCUGCCCCCCUCCAUGCCCCUCACCAUGCUGUAUGGAGCACGCUCCUGGGUGGACAGCUCAUCUGGGGACAGAGUGGUCCGGAUCAGGAACCAGGUCCACACCAAAGUGCUGCUGAUAAAUGAAGCCUCUCACCACGUGUAUGCUGAUCAACCAGAGGAGUUCAACAGAGUGGUGGAAAGAAUAUGUAACUCUGUUAACUGACCACCUGUGUGUGUGUGUUAAGGUUGUGGGCGUAUGGUUGUGUGUGUGAAAGGACUGAAAGUAUACAGACAGUUCAUGUUAGUUUUAGCACUGACACCUUUGCAUGUGAAGCAUGCCGCUGAGUUUUGCGUUCGGGCAUAUCUGAGCAUAAUGGAGCUCGACAUGAGGUUAAAUGUCAUUUGUUAUUAUUGAUUUUAUUGUAGUAAAGUUAUUUUGUCAUUUGUUAUUUGUCAUUUUGUCAUUUAAUAUAAGCUUUUUUUUUCAAUUUAGUAUUGAUUUAUUUAUAAUGUGACUUUAUUUGUCAGCUAAUGUUUUUGUCAGCGUAUUCAGUUAUAAUUGAAUUCAAAUAAUGUUGCCCAUUGUUGCAUUUUUGGAAGUAAAUGAAAGACAACCACUACACUGGUCGCUCUGAGACUCUACGUUAUAGAGCAGCCACAUGGCUUUUUACAUGUGCCUGACAGGAACCUAAAGUACUGUAGAGAUAUUGUUUUCUUUGAUUCAUGCUUCUCUCUCACAUCUUACCAGCAGUGUCAAGCAGCUGUUUGUAUUUUAUACCUUGAAAACAUUAAAAGAUUAUUGGACAAACUG